GUAAACUUUGAAAUAUAAUAAAAUAGUGAAAACAAACAAUUAUCAAAAAUACUACACACAAGUAUCGAAAGUAAAUUAAAUUUUCUGCAAAUAUCAGUGUUACAAUCAAAUGUUUUACUUUAUCGAUAAGUAAUAUCGACAUCACUAGACAGCACGUUGCUUAACUGAAAUCUUGUUUUAUGAUAAAGCGAAAUGCCACCGGGUUUGCAAAUCACAAGCGACAGCGACUUGGAUGUGGUAUUGGAGGAUUUUAGGAUCAAACAGGCGCGCCGCGACAGCACUGGUCCAAAAUACAGUUGCAGCAUAAGCGGAUGCGAUGCAAGCUUCAAACGUCUGGACCAAUUAGAUCGCCAUGAAUACCACCAUACCGGCAUUAAAAAGCACGCUUGUAGCUACGAGGGCUGCGACAAGAGUUAUUCAAUAGUCACCCAUUUGAAGCGACAUCUCCGUAGCACACAUGAACGCCCUGCGGCACUACAGAAAACAGUCAAAUGCUCUCUGCCAGAGUGCAACAAAAUGUUCACAUCGACGAGCAACAUGAGUCGACACGUGCGCGAGGCACAUGAGUGUCCGCGCGAAUACGAAUGCAGCUAUUGCUCGGCUAAGUUCAGACAAAAGAUGAAGCUGCGUCGCCACGAGAUUACACAGCAUACACAGGCGUAUCCAUUUCGUUGUGAGAAAUGUACACGCGGUUUUUAUCAGCAAUGGCAGCAGGAGAGUCACCAGCGUAGCUGCAAACUUUAUGCAUGCCCCCAAUGCGAACAGCAGUUUGACAAAUGGACGCUCUACACAAAACAUUGCCGCGAAACGUUGCACGGUCGCGACCGCAUCAAGUGUGAGCAUUGCGACAAGAGUUACGAUAAGCCAAGCGAUCUGAGUGCACAUAUCGCUGCCAAGCACCCAACAGAUGCUGAAUCAACGUUUUCAUGCACCGAGCCUGGCUGCAAUCGGAGCUAUUCGUAUGAGCGCAAUUUACGGCAGCAUGUUCUUACCAGCCACACGGGCAGACGCUUUGAAUGUCUCGCCGUUGAUUGUCAGCGCUGUUUUAGCAGCGCCCAGAAUCUCAGCAAACAUUUGAUGCGAUAUCACACAGCUAAAGAGCGCAAGCCAGCUAAAAACAAACUAUCUUCAAGCCCAACUCCAAAAACAGCCCCAGUGUCAUCGCGGAAGCGUCGGCGUGAUGCGGGCAAGCCAGCCCGGUCGCAUCUAUCCAAAUUGGCUUGCCUGGUGCUCGACAAAAAAGUGGAUAAGGAGGUGCGCCUGCGUCAGCCAUUGGCACUCACGAGCGUGGCCGAGGAGCUGCAGAAUCAGCAGCAGAAGGAAAAACAAAUGGAUCAAGAUGAUGAAGAUGACGAACAAGACGGCACAGAAGAGCAAAUUAAGCCAUAAUGAGUCAAAAACUUAAUUUAAAUAAAAAGCAAGACUUAUUAUAUAUAAAUAUAUUUAAGAGUCUACCUUACAGUAGAAUUCCUUUUAUGCUUGGCACAUUCGAUUAUAAAAAACUUUGUUUCGUUCAUAAUUUAUA